CCAAAUUUCCCACCCACAUUUCUUCUCCCUUCUGUUUUUGCGAGACUUAAUAACUCUUCAGCUUCUUUUCCGCCGCUGCUCCCAUCAUCACCCCACUUUGAGAGAGAAGACAUGGCAAAGGGAAAUUACGAGAAGGCCAUUGUUUCACUCCAGAACCUCCUCAGUGAGAAUGAAGAACUGGAACCGGUUGUAGCAGAAAGAAUUGAUGAAAUCACAGCUGAGUUACAAACGACAGGCUGCAAAUCCUUCGACCCUGUUCAAAGGAUCAAGACUGGUUUUUAUUAUUUCAAAACAGAGAUAUAUGACAAAAACUCAGAACUGUUUGAUAAACUCAAGAAAGGACAGGAGCCCAAGUUUCUGGUGUUUGCUUGCUCUGAUUCACGAGUGAGUCCAUCCCAUGUGCUGAAUUUUCAGCCCGGCGAGGCUUUUAUGGCUCGAAACAUCGCCAACAUGGUCCCUCCUUAUGACAAGAUAAAAUACUCGGGAGUAGGAGCUAUAAUAGAAUACGCUGUUCUCCAUCUUAACAUAGAAAAUAUUUUAGUCAUUGGCCAUAGUGCCUGUGGAGGUAUUAAGGCUCUCAUGGAACUCCCAGAAGAUGGUUCUGAAUCAAAUGAUUUUAUUGAGGAUUGGGUGAAAAUUGGAUUACCUGCCAAGGCCAAAGUGCUAGCUGAACAUGGGGAUAAAACUUUUGAAGAGCAAGUUAAAUGCUGUGAGAAGGAAGCUGUGAAUGUAUCACUAGCCAAUCUGCUGACAUACCCAUUUGUGAGCGAUGCAUUGGUGAAUAAGAAUUUGGCGUUGAAGGGAGGUUACUAUGAUUUCAUUAAUGGAAGGUUUGAGCUCUGGGGACUCAACUUCGGUCUUUCUCAUCCUUGUUAUAUAUGAACUCAAUAUCACCAUUUUCGGGCGGGAGAAAAUACCUCUUGUUCUUGUCUUUUCUUAUUGUAUUCGUCAUUUAUAAGUGCUAGUUUGAAUUUUUAAUUUAAAUAAAAAGAGAGAAUGGACAAGGAUUCUCCCAUCUUAUGAUAGAAGAAAAUAGUUGUGAUUUUUAUUUGUGAUAAUAACUCUGCUUUGCGCAGAAAAAUAAUGUAUAAUGAUAACUUUGUUAUACUAGUUCAAAGAGUGUGGUCACAAUAAUUUUCAUUC